GCAGGUUUGAAAAGUGACAACGGUCGUCGCUGGCUGGUUUUUGACUUUGCCUCGCAGUUACUCCCCGAGCUGGCCGCCUUCCUGCGGGCGGCUGGUGCUGUAGACUAGCAGGAAAUUCCCAAGAUGGAAACUUUGUCAUUCCCCAGAUAUAAUGUAGCUGAACUUGUGGUUCAUAUUCGCAACAAGAUCUUAACAGGAGCUGAUGGUAAAAACCUCUCCAAGAAUGACCUUUAUCCAAAUCCAAAGCCUGAAGUCUUAUACAUGAUCUACAUGAGAGCCUUACAAAUAGUAUACGGAAUUCGACUGGAGCAUUUUUACAUGAUGCCAGUGAACUCUGAAGUCAUGUAUCCACAUCUAAUGGAAGGCUUCUUGCCAUUCAGCAAUUUAUUUAUUCAUCUGGACUCAUUUCUGCCCAUCUGCCGGGUGAAUGACUUUGAGACUGCUGAUAUUCUAUAUCCAAAAGCAAAGCGGACAAGUCGGUUUUUAAGUGGCAUUAUCAACUUUAUUCACUUCAGAGAAGCAUGCCGUGAAACAUAUAUGGAAUUUCUUUGGCAAUAUAAAUCCUCUGCGGACAAAAUGCAACAGUUAAACACUGCACACCAGGAGGCAUUAAUGAAAUUGGAAAGACUUGAUUCUGUUCCAGUUGAAGAACAAGAAGAAUUCAAGCAACUUUCAGAUGAUAUUCGGGAGCUACAGCAAUUGCUGAAUCAGGAGUUUCGUCAAAAAUCGAUAGUGCUGCAAGAGGGACAUUCUCAAAAGAAAUCAGAUAUUUUAGAAAAAACCAAGCGUUUGAAGCUUAAAAAGUCCAGGCAAGAAGUGAUGGAGAAGUACGAACUCUAUGGGGACUCGGUUGACUGCCUGCCUUCAUGUCAGCUGGAGGUGCAGUUAUAUCAAAAGAAAAUACAGGACCUUGCAGAUAAUAGGGAAAAAAUAACCAGUAUCUUAAAGGAGAGCCUGAACUUGGAGGACCAAAUUGAGAGUGAUGAGUCAGAACUAAAGAAAUUGAAGACUGAAGAAAAUUCCUUCAAAAGACUGAUGAUUGUGAAGAAAGAAAAACUCGCCACAGCACAAUUCAAAAUAAAUAAGAAGCAUGAGGAUGUUAAGCAAUACAAACGCACAGUAAUUGAGGAUUGCAAUAAAGUUCAAGAAAAAAGAGGUGUUGUCUGUGAGCGAGUAACCACAAUUAAUCAAGAAAUCCAAAAAAUUAAGUUUGGAAUUCAACAACUGAGAGAUGCCACUGAAAGGGAGAAACUGAAGUCACAGGAAAUAUUUCUAAACAUGAAAACUGCUUUGGAGAAAUACCAUGAAGGCAUUGAAAAGGCAGCAGAGGAAUGUUAUGCUAGGAUAGAUGAGAAAACAGCUGAACUGAAAAAGAAGAUGUUCAGAAUGUCAACCUGAUUAACAAAAUUAUAUGUGUUUUAUAAAGUUUGUCAUCUUUAAAUUCUGUUUGGAAAGGGAAUAGUUAUGUUGAACUUAUGAAGUUUCCAAAGUACCAAAUAAUGUAGGCUCAUUCAGUUUUUAUAUAUUCUCAUAAGUGGUUAGUUUAUAAGAUUUAAUGUAGACUUUUAUUAAUUUAUAAUUAAAAUAACUUGUGCAGCAAUUAAUGUCUCUACUCUGCCCUUUGUUGAAACAGUGAUACCUGAUGUCUGUCAGACAGCAUUGCAAACUUAUUAGUUCAAGGUAGUUCAAAGUUUCAUUGUUAGACCACAGUACUUUCCUUUCAGUGACAUAUCUUUGUGAGGCGGGGUUUUUGGUAUCUGCUAUGAUGAAGAGCAAGUAUCACGUGAAAAUUAUUAUAGAACAGGAAAGUGGCAAUGUUCAAUAUGAUUCCAAGGUUUAAGAGUUUGUACAGUGCCCAGUAGGCACAGACAUUCCAAUUAAUAAUUGCUUUUCUGGAUCUAACUACUUAAUAAACAGAACUGAUUA